CGGAAAGCUGGUCUGACAAGUUGUGAACUAAGUCGACUCAAAAAUAAAAUGCACCCUCAACGAAGGAAUCAAGCGUCUUGACUGAUUGACCGGUCACCAACAGAGGGUACUCCUCCUUACUACUCCUUACCAAUAGAUGGAGCAUCACCAGCUUUAACACGGUGAGAGUACGUAGGACAAUCUGAGUUCAAAUUGAAGAAGGGCAAGGGGUUGGAGUGAUGGACGGCAAUGACUCGAACAAAUCCAGAUAUGUUCACCAGCAGUUUGUCAUGACUGUACUGGUUUUCAAUGCACUAAAUGCCAGUCAGUUUGGAAUGUAAUAUGUAUUAUAUAUUGUGGUAUACCAGGAUCAUGUGGAGGUCAUCUACUGAUCUAGGCGGCACGGAGUGCAAGAAGCGCCCUAGAAAUCGAGGAUGAAGUGAUUGCAGGGUGGGACGGUAUGAGACCCGGUGCGCAUCAACAGGAGGUCAUAGCAUGGCGUCGGCGGGUUGCUGUGUCUAUGGCUGCAGUUGCAGUGGCCAUCAUGCACAACGAAGAAGAGACGGAGCACAUCGUUUGGGCGAUGCCUUCGUAGUGGGAGGCAUGCCAAAUUUUGUAGGACUCCUUAUGGCCGUAAUCAUGGCAACCGGUGUUCUCCCGCGAGCAUCACCUCAAUGGAGGGUUAAGCCAAGGGCAGGCGGGGCAUGGAAGAAUAUGACACGAGUGGAUACUGCUCGGGGAGACUACUUUCAUGACAACAUCUGCAUGGGAGAGGAGGUGUUCAGAAGCAUCAUUGUGAAUGUGCGACCCCACUUGACGAGGAUGUGUACGAAGUACCGUGCCCCUACUCAACCAGAGCAAUUGGUUGCGUAUGCGCUGUACCGAUGGGCGACGGGGGAGUCGUUCGAACACCCAGCAACGUCCUUUAACACGGGCCGUGAGACAGGCUGUGUGGCCAUUCAGGACGUGGCCGGAGCCAUUCUGAGAGCUUACCUGGAUGAGGUGGCUUUCCCCACCGGCCAGCGUCUCAUCGAGGCACUCGAAUGGUUUGAGUCGAAGGGGUUCCCCCGUUACUACGGAGCUAUCGACUGCACACACAUCUAUAUAGACAAGUCUGCGGGUGAGACGGCGGCAGCUUACUGUGAUCGCCACAAGAGGUACUCUGUCAUCGCGCAGGUCGUCGUCAGUGCCGAUUUGCGGUUAUACAACGUCAACGUCGGCUGGGCAGGGAGCUUGCACGAGUCACGGAAAACGACACCUCGGACACGUCCAUUGUCCAUGGCCCGCCACACCCAGCACGAUGGUCUGUCUUGUAUCGGCAACUGGGGGUGGUAUGAGUCCCAGGACGACGGCCCACCACAUGCAGGGUCCGGGCCAGCAUGCACCCCGGGCCCCGUCUGUGGCCCCCAGUCGCCGAUGGUCACCGACUGUGUGACCGAUGCACCGCACUCCGACGUUGUAACCAACUUUCCCAUCUUGUCGUCACCGGUGACGCCUGUUCUGAAAUUCAGAAUCGGUCUGUGCGGAGAGGAUGAGCACAGUCUCCGUCAGUGUCUGAGAAUGCGUGCAAUGGCUACGGCCGAAGGGCUCACACCGUCUAUGAACUCUGACACGAUGCCUUCCCAACAGCAUGAGUCAGGCAGUGCAGCUACGAUCUCGCCCAUUACCCAAACGACUCACCGCGUGUCACCAGAGUCGUCGUGUGAUGGUGCUGUCAUGCAGCAGCAGUGUCCGCCUGCCGCGUCAUCUGAGUACGUCCUGAACCGAAUCAUCUGGGACAUUGAGGCUGGUGUGCGUACACCGGAGUCCGAUUAUGUGAAUGUCGGAGAUGAGGCUGUUUCAUUGCACACAAGCCCCUCGCACACACCUUCCCCAUUGCACACUCCCGGUGGUGUACCCGCGGCCACUCCGUCCCCAGUCGUCAGGGAGUCCGGAACGCAUGACACAGCACCAAGGUCUCGAUCUUCUCCAAGCCCACCUGCAGCCAUCCCGUCCCCGAUCAACGGCAAUGUGUCAUCUCACACACCGCCUUCCGUAUCAGUCCCGUCAGGGACACGUGCGGGCGGGCCGUCCCGGAACCCGCAACGAAGGCCGUCUUCGGGGGAGAAGAGCACGGACCGGUGGGGGGAGACCGAAACUCAGUGGUUGUGCCGGUUCCGUAACAAAGUGACGGAGUUGAUGGGCCAAGAGAAUGAGGCGUACGGGCGUGCGAGGCUAAAAGCUGGUUUUUGGAAGAUAGUGGAAGAGCGCAUGCGUACGAAGGGUUACAACCGUGACCACGAGCAGUGCAAGAACAAGUUCAACCAGAUCCUCGACUACUACAGGAGGUUGAGGGCGCACGAGGGCUGGUCCGGUCUGCCGGAAGAAGGACAAGGACUCUAUUAACCUGACGAAUCUGAUGGAUUCCGGGGCGGACGACGAGCGUGUUGAAAACGGAGAGGGGGUCAGCAAUAGGGACGGGGCCAUGGAAGGUGGGAGCGAAGACAACGGAUCCGGGUAUGGCGGUUCGCCCGGAGGCUCACAGUCGACAGGUUUCUAGCCGACGCUCGGCAAACGAAAAAGAGGGGCCGCCAAUGCACGCAAAUCCAGUGUGCAGGCUGUGACAGCUGCUAUGCGUGCUCACACGACUGCGCUGACUCGAUCGGACAUGGAGUGCGCGAAGAUGCGCUGUCAAGCAACUCAUGACAUCGCUAAGCAGCAAGCUGACGCUAAUCGCGAGCUACUAAACC